AUGACCAAGAUCCUACAGGUAUGCAAAUUGAUUAUUUGGGAUGAAUGCACAAUGGCCCAUAAGAGGUCACUGGAGGCCCUGGACAGAACGUUGAAAGAUCUUCGUGACAACCAAAAUAUUUUUGGUGGGACCAUGAUUCUGUUAUCAGGUGAUUGUCGUCAGACUCUUCCAGUCAUUCCCCGAUCAACUGUUGCUGAUGAACUAAACGCACACCUGAAAUCAUUGAAUUUGUGGCGCUGUAUAAUAAAUAAUAAAGUCGCAGUGGACACCUCGACCGGAUUAAUCACAUUACCCACAGGUUUCUGUCACAUCACAGACUCCAAUGAAGAGCUUAUUCAGCAUGUUUUCUCAGAUAUAGCGCAGCAGUUCAAUAACCAUAAUUGGCUGGGUGAACGAGCAAUAUUGGCGACAAAAAAUAAAAAUGUCGAUGCUCUCAAUGCAAUCAUUCAAAAUUUUUUACCGGGACAGUUGGUUUCCUACAAAUCAGUCGACACCAUUAUGAACCAGGAUGACGUAGUCAACUAUCCCACGAUUCCCACGGAGUUUUUAAACUCGCUGGAAUUGCCUGGAUUACCACCACACAAUUUGCAGUUAAAAGUAGGAUCAGUUACCAUCAUGCUGCGUGACAUUAAUCAACCUCGACUGUGCAAUGGAACAAGACUGGCUGUGAAAAAGCUAAUGAAUAACGUCAUUGAGGCAAUAAUCAUAAAGGGAAAAUACAAAGGAGAAGAUGUCUUGAUCCCGCGCAUACCGAUGACUCCAACAGAUUUACCAUUCGAUUUUAAACGUCUACAAUUUCCC